UUGUGAUUAACUCUUUAAAAUUACUAUCUCUAUAUAGAAUAAUACUUUUAUAACUCAUUUAAAGUUAAAGGAUCCACCAUUCCCUUAUGGAUAUCUGGGAUAACGGAUUUGCAGCAGAGGCAGCCGACUAAGUUAUGCAGUGAGUAAACGACGUCGUAUCCACUCCCGAGGUUCUGCAAUGCCAUUCCGAGUUCGCACUGCAACUGCAAGUCGCUGGUGGUCUCUGCACACCGUUUUCAACACUCAUUGUCUUUGCCGCAACUUGUAUUAUUCGGCUUUGUCUAAACCUCAGUUUUCUGGCAAUUGCGACGAUUUUUUGCAGUGGUUGGAGCGGAAAGCUGCCUGUAGUAUUUCCUCCUCACUUUUUAUUGGCAAUUCUUCGUAUGGAAGGUCUCUGUUUGCCUCUAAGAUAAUACAAACUGGAGAUUGCAUUUUAAAGGUUCCUUACAGAGUGCAAAUAACUGCAGAUAAUCUCCUUCCUGAAAUCAGAUCUUUGAUUGGUGAGGAAGUUGGAAAUAUUGCAAAACUUGCUACUGUUAUUCUGAUCGAGAAGAAACUGGGUCAGGGCUCUGAGUGGUAUCCUUAUAUCAGCUGUCUUCCACAACAAGGAGAGCUGCAUAAUACGGUAUUUUGGACUGAAAGUGAGUUGGAGAUGAUUCGUCCAAGUUCAGUUUAUCAGGAAACUAUUGACCAAAAAUCUCAAAUUGAAAAGGACUUUUUGGCAAUCAAGCAUAUUUUUGAAUGUUCCCAUCAAAGUUUUGGAGAUUCUACCUACAAGGACUUCAUGCAUGCAUGCACACUAGUUGGUUCUCGAGCAUGGGGAAGCACAAAUGGUUUAGCUCUGAUUCCAUUUGCAGAUUUCUUAAACCACGAUGGAGUUUCAGAAGCAAUUGUAAUGAGUGAUGAUGACAAACAAUGCUCAGAAAUUAUUGCUGAUCGUGACUAUGCCCCUGGUGAACAGGUACUAAUAAGAUAUGGAAAGUUUUCAAAUGCUACAUUAAUGCUGGACUUUGGUUUUACAAUUCCAUACAACAUUUACGAUCAGGUUCAGAUCCAGUUUGAUAUUCCUAAGCAUGAUCCUCUGCGGGACAUGAAGUUGGAACUCUUGCAUCAGUACUUUAUACCUCCACCUGAAGAUAUGAAGGGCUUGUCACAUCCUGUGAAUUCCUUCAGCAUCAAGGAGGUGAAGUCUGAUAGUGGAAAAGGGAAGGGUCUUCCACAAUCACUUCGUGCGCUUGCUCGUGUUCUUUCUUGUACAACAUCUCAGGAAAUUGACAAUUUGAUUGCGGAAGCUGCUCAAACUGAUGGUAGGCUGGCUAGGCGCCCUUUACAGGAUAUCAGCAAAGAGAUACAAGCACACAUGAUGUUGUUGUCAUUAUUCAUCCAAUUAAUUGAGGAGCGCAGUGUGGCUAUUAUGUCACUGGAUUCUCCCUCCUUGUGUGGAAGAUUUUCUGUUAGAAAACUAAUGGCUCAAGAUCUCCUACAAGGUGAGCUUCGCAUUCUCAAAUCUGCUUCUGCCUGGCUAGAGAACUACUGUCUUUCCAUGACUUGAUGGUCAGUAACUGGCUGCAGCCACAGGAUUAUCAAAGAGGUUAAGCUUCCAACAGAUGUAGGUUGGGAUUAACAUGAACUAUCAAAAUAUUGACAAUAAUGCAUGCAAAAUUUUAGAUAAAUCAAACAUUUGUAACUAUGUUAUCUUAUAGUUGACAUUUACUAAAUAGCAUAGUUUCUGUCAACGUCUCCUUAGGCCUUGACCAAUGACUCUGCUGGCUAUCGCUGGUGCGAUUUUCAGCCGCUGCGCACUGUCUUUCCAAGAACAAGUUUCUGGUCUUUGCCUAUCCUAUCUGAUUUAAUUACGUGGACAAUGUUGGAAACAUUGAUGUGAGUGAAUAUGAAAAUGGAAAAUGGAAGAAGUUUUUAAUUUCCUAAGAA